CUCUACGCACCACUCCUCCCAUAGCUACUCCCACUGGACUAAAGAGAAGCCAUUGGCUUCCUGCUUUGUGGCUAUACUAACUAAUAAGGGCUGUAGUAAACACACAAACAUAUAAAAGUGAAGAUGAGUUCCAUUGAGUACAAGUUGUGUGUCAAGGCAUCUCCAGACGGCAAGUCACUGGGAGAUUGCCCAUUCACUCAACGAGCUAACCUAGCAUUCAAGGUCAAGAAGGUCCCUGUCACCUACACCCUCAUUGAACUAUCAAAGAAGCCUCAAUGGUUCCUAGCCCUGACCCCAGGCGGCUCUGUCCCUGUCCUCCAAUAUGGAGACACUGUCAAUGGAGACUCAUAUGAAAUAGUGCAAUACCUCGAUGCUACUUAUCCCGAGCCAUCGCUAAAGCCUCCAGGCAAUGAAGAGGCAGAGAAGGCAACUGGAGACAUAUUCAACAAGUUCUCAGCUUGGGCCAAACAUUUCAAGGAUCCUAAUGCACAGGAAGCUAAAGAUGCUUUUGUUGCAGAGAUGAAGAAAGUGGAUGACUUCGUGAGUAAGAGUGGCCCCUUGCUGUGUGGCAGUCCCUGGUCAGUUGCUGACUGUGCACUUGUGCCAAGGCUCUACCACAUGCAAACCGUUGCUGAUCAUUUCAUGGGCUACAAGAUAGACCAGUUCAAUAAUGUCAAGCGAUACAUGGACUACAGCUUUGCCACUGAGGAGUUCAAGCAGACAGACUAUCCCAGAGAAUGGAUCCUCACUGGCUGGGCUAAGUACUUCAAGUAACUGGACUUUGUUGAACUAGACUAUCUUCUGAAUAGCAAUCAUGUUUUCUGUGAAUACACAGUAUUUUGUGAACCCUAAAUCUUUGUAUCAAUGUGUGUACUUCUUAAAUAAUUAUUCAAUUAAGGUUGUUUGUUCCUCCUUG